AGGCUAGAUAUACGUAACUCGACGGUUCUCUACGUCGUUGCUUUUUUUUUUUCUUUGUAGCGAGCAUGCGCACAGCACGUCGGGCUCCACACCACGCGGACGUCGCGCAUGCGUACGGUCCGGCAGCCUGCGCACGCGCGCUGACGCAGCUGCUGUGCCCUCCUUUAGCGCUUGUCCCCUUUUCACCACCAAUUUUCCCGCCUGAGCCAGCGACGGAAGGGGAGCAUGCGCAGAAAUGCUCGCAGGACGGGGUCGAAGGUGCUGUGACAGUUGGUACAGGUGGUCAAUGGAUGAGGUGCAGCUGUGGAAGGGAUUGAGGCUAAACUAGAGGAGAAUGUCUAUCAUCACAAUACAACUUGGUCAGUGCGGCAACCAGAUCGGUCGCGAGGUGUUUGAUACCAUCUGCACAGACUUCCGCAGUACGCAUGGCUUGUGCUCCAAAAAGGAAAAUGAGUCCUUCCAGGCAGCCUGCAAAGAGCGGUUCUUCAGCGAGGAGAAGUCCAGAGUGCUGGCUGCCCGGGCUGUCCUGGUUGACAUGGAACCUAAAGUGAUUGGUCAGACUUUAUCAACGGCUUCAAGGUCUGGUACCUGGAACUAUGACCAUCGGUCCCACUUUUGUCAAAAGCAAGGGUCGGGAAACAACUGGGCAAAUGGCUACUGCGUUCAUGGGCCCAAGCACAAAGAAACAAUCAUGAACUUGGUACAGAAGGAAGCUGAGAAAUGUGACCGGCUGAGUGGAUUCCUGACGGUUAUGAGCAUGGCGGGUGGGACAGGAUCGGGUCUGGGGACGUUUGUGACAGAAAGCCUGAAAGACACCUACCCCACCUCAUUCCUGUUAAACCACGUUAUCUGGCCCUACAGAACUGGAGAGGUUAUUGUUCAAAACUACAACUCUGUCCUGACCCUCUCACACUUGUAUCAGUCUUCGGAUGCCCUCCUGGUUCAUGAGAACGAUGCCAUCCACAAGAUCUGUGCUCAGCUAAUGAACAUAAAGCAGAUAUCUUUUCAGGAUGUAAAUCGAGUCAUCGCCCAUCAGCUGGGGAGCGUCUUCCAGCCGGCUUACUCCUCUGAAAGUGCCGCUCACUACAGCAGAAGCCCCCUAGGAGAUCUAAUGGAAGCUCUAGUCCCCCACCCUGAGUUCAAGAUGCUAGGUCUGCGGAACAUUCCUCAGAUGUCCGAAAACUCCCUUGCCUACAGCACCUUUGCGUGGCCCGGGCUUCUGAAGCACCUGAGGCAGAUGCUCAUUGCGAAUGCCAAAAUGGAGGAAGGGAUUGAUUGGCAAGUGAGGCCUCCGGUGCCUGGACUCCCUGCAUCAGAAAAACAGUCUCUAAACAGGACAGCUCGUUUUAACACCUCCAUCGCCAACCUGGUUACCUUGCGAGGAAAAGAUGUACAAAGCACGGAUCUAGGAGGAUUCCAAGAGCCUGCCUUGUAUACUUCCUGGCUAAACGCUCAAGAUGCCUUGACCAUCUGGAAGACACCAAGAGCUUUUAAUAAAUACGAGAAGUCUGCUUCUUUGGUCAGCAACAGCCAGUUUUUGCUGAAGCCUGUGGACAGCGUAGUGGGGAAGGCCUGGAAAAUGUUUGCUUCAAAGGCUUACGUGCACCAGUACACAAAGUUUGGGAUUGAAGAGGAAGACUUUAUGGACUGUUUCACAACUCUGGAACAAGUCAUUGCUAGCUACACCAACCUCUGAUUUUCAAAUUCAUCCUUCGCCAGGAGGGGGCAGAUCUAAAAUCCUGGCAAGAGGCCUUAAAACUGGAAAUCUUGUGAAGAAUUGAAUGUAGCAGGAGGACUCUUUACAUGCCGUCCCAGGCAAGUGCAUCCCUCCAGCCAUCUUUCAAAGACGGGAGCUUUCCAUGCAAACAAUGCUUCUGAGAGAGUUCUAGCUUUCAGUGGGGGAUGUAGAUUGAUAACGCACAUUCCUUUCAUCCCUUUACCAGCAUAAAGACUUUGUACAAUCUAAAUUGCAUGUGUUUUGUAUAUAAAGUAAUUUUAUUUUCUGAU